GAUGCAGGAAAAUGUCUCUAAUGUUGCUGCGCUCAAUGACUAGAAGGGGAAGCACAAAGAAAUAAGCAGCGUUACUCCGAGUUUCUCUUUUCUCACACUGAACUCGACUCCAAAUGGACUCGAAGACAAACUCCGACUAUCGGGGUUUUCGCUUAUUUUUUUCCCUAAAACAGAAAAAUAAUCAACUUUGGUGUUAAAGUUUUCUUUCGCCUGCUGUCCCCGCUAGUUAGCUAGCGCUCUACGAGUUUUUGCUCCACUUCGGGGUUUCGAAGAACUUCUUUAACUUCUUUGUUUCUUUUUUUAACCCUCUUUUUCGGAAUGAUGUACAUUGAAACCACUCAAUACCUAAUUUUCCGGAAAGCGUUGCUGAUAUCAAGGUCGCAAUGAUGGAGCAGAUUUGAAAGACGAUGCCCUCUGAAAGACUUUAUGGUUUUUAGGUUCGACAGUUGAAGCUUUGGUAGAUCUGGGAAAGGCCUGAGGGUAUGUUGAGGCACCUCGUCCGGCUAGAGAAGAGGUGUCUGGGCGGUUCGGACGGGGACUGACGUCGAGGAGGACAGAGACGAGAGACAUGGGCCAGUGUGUCACCAAGUGUAAGAACCCGACGUCGUCUCUGGGCAGCAAGAGCGGAGAUAAGGACAGCGCGUCCAAGUCCCACAAGCGAGUCGACAGCGCCAGCGGCGGCGUGCACAAAGACGACUGCAGCGCCCCCUCUGGCAAAUCCACCAGCGAGCUGCUGAAUGGCACCAAGGCCUUAGAGGUUACCAUGGAGACGCCCGUCAUCUCCGCCGCCAUGAGGGAGCCGUGUAGGGAGGACGGCGACGGGCUGUCCAUGGCGCGCAUCGACGAGCUGUUCGCGUGCUACAAGGACGAGCUGGAGGACGCCAUCUUGGAGGAGGGCAUGGAACGGUUCUGCAACGACCUCUGCGUCGACCCGGCCGAGUUCCGAGUUUUGGUUCUGGCCUGGAAGUUUCAGGCAGCCACCAUGUGCAAGUUUACACGGAAGGAGUUUGUGGAGGGCUGUAAGGCCAUCGGGGCGGACAGCAUCGAGGGCAUCUGCUCCCGCUUCCCCUUCCUGCUGCUGGAGGCGCAGGGCGAGGAGAGCUUCAAGGACCUGUACCGCUUCACCUUCCAGUUCGGCCUGGACGCCGACGAGGGCCAGCGCUCGCUGCAGCGCGACAUCGCCAUCGCCCUGUGGCGCCUCGUCUUCACGCAGGACACGCCGCCCGUCCUGGAGCGCUGGCUCGACUUCCUGGCCGAGAACCCGUCGGGCGUGCGCGGUAUCUCCAGAGACACCUGGAACAUGUUCCUGAACUUCACGCAGGCCAUCGGGCCGGACCUGAGCAACUACAGCGAGGACGAGGCCUGGCCCAGCCUCUUUGACACCUUCGUGGAGUGGGAGCUGGAGCGCCGGAAACGAGAGGAGGAGACGGCGGCGCUGACGAGGGACGAGGAGACGGACUGCCCCGCCUCAGACGGGCUGGACGCCGAGGGAAGCCGUGGCGCACAGACGUGGGGGGGCCACUGACCUCAAAACGCCAGAUAUUUUUAUCAGAGGGAAGAAAAUGAUCUAUAAGUGAAGCAGACUUCUGGGAAUUAUUAGUAUUACCAUUUCAGCUUUCGGUUUCGCUCCUGUUCGGUUCCUGCACUGCAAAAACACAAAAUCUCACCCGUUGAUUUUGGUCGAGUUUCUACUACAAAUGUCUCAGUACCCCUGAAAUAAGAGAAAACUGGCUUAUACCUAACUUUGUAGAUCAAUAUAAUUCAUUAAUAUUAAUGAAAAUGUGCUUGUUCCAUUGGCAGAUAAUUUCACUGUUAAGAAGACAUUUUAUGAGUGAAAUAAGAGAAAUAAUCUACUACAUCUGAUCAGUUUUAAUGAAUUACUUACUGAAAACAAGCUCAUAUCCUGGUGACAUUUUACUGAAGUCAGUUUUGUCUUUUCCUAAGUAGGGCUGAAAUGAUUAAUUGUGAUAAAUUAUUUGAUUAUUGUAAUAAUUGAUCACAAUUGACCUGAUUAAUCGAAGUUAUUUUCCUUAUUUUUAGUAUUUUUGUACAGUUUCUACCAGACAAAAAGAAAGCGGCAAAUAUUUUACUACGCUUGAACUAAGACAAACUCUGUAGCUUGUUUUAAGUCAGUUGUUUCUUAAUAUUGAUGAAAAAAGUAUUAGUUUCACUGACAGAUAAUUUGACAGACAUUUUGAAAUAAUCCAGUACCUUUUCAUUGACAUCAAUGAUUUUAUUUUUUACUGAAAACAAGCUCAUAUCUUUCUGAAAUUUUACUUAAAUCAGUUUUGUUUUAUU